AUGUCUGACGACAAAAAGAACGAAGAGAGCAAGCCCAUCAAACCCUUGGAUGAAGCUGACAUCAGUCUCAUGAUGCGCUAUGGCUCUGGGCCAUAUGCUAAAGUAAUUCAGUCUAUCGAGAGCGAUAUCACUACGAAGCUUAAAGAAAUCGCUGCUACCACAGGCGUAAAAGAAUCUGACACUGGCCUUUCCCAGCCUUCUUAUUGGGAUCUCGAAGGUGACAAAAUGAUGAUGCAGAUGGAGCAGCCUCUUCAAGUCGCAAGAUGCACAAAAAUCAUCAAUCCAGGGACAAAUGAAGCCAAAUACAUGAUUUCUAUUAAGCAGCUUGCCAAAUUUGUUGUAGGACUCGGUGAAAAAGUAGCUGCAACUGAUAUAGAAGAAGGCAUGCGCGUUGGCGUCGACCGAACCAAGUAUUUCAUUCAAAUCCCUCUUCCUCCAAAAAUCGAUCCGACAGUCACUAUGAUGACUUUAGAAGAAAAACCUGACGUAACUUAUAAUGAUCUCGGAGGGUUGGCGGAAAAAAACUCUCAGAGUGGUAUAAAAAAAUCAAAUUAAAGUAAAAUAUUUUUAUAAAUUUAAAUCUUUAAAUCUUGAGCAAUAAUCAAAUGCAAUUUUUUCUCCUUUUUCUUGCCUUGAUAGGUUGCAUAAUUUUAAGCUAUUUGCGAUUGUCUCUGCUCUAAACUCAAAAGCAGCUUUUACCCACUAAAUCGCGCAAAAUUUGUCUGGAUUUUUUAUAUUUCCAGCUUUGAUGCUUUUGUCAAUGUUUUCUUCAAUUUAUUUGUUCUUCAUUUCGUCAACUCUUGCUUUAAAUCCUCUAAAAACACUUAAAUAUAAUGGUUGAACAUAUUUAGCGUAUCCGGCAGAAAUAAAAAAUAUUCUUUAUUCUUCGAUCUUUGUAAAAUGUGCUUUAUUUCUUCACACAUAUGAGUAGUGCAUUUAUCAGAUAUAAUUAGUUCGACAUCUAUACAAUUUUUUUCUCAAUGCAAUUAGAAAGAAUUUCCUUGGUUAUGUAUCCAUCUGGACUGCAUGCGAUUUGAAUGCUAUUAUGUAGAUUGAUCUUCAUAAUGCUAUGAAAUUUAUUUUUUUCCUGAAAAUAUAAUCAAUGCAGAAUCUUUAUCACAAUUUGGUCUAAUGAAUAGAAUAACAGUGAAUGUUUUGCUUGAAAUAGGGAGAAGCUGCUGGUAUCUCUUUUUUACCUUUUAGUCCAAAGAAUAAUUGGUCAUUGAUCCCCAAUCAACUCUUGUUUUGUCGAAAUUAGUUACUUUCUUAAGUCAAUUUCAUUAUAUUUGCUAUUUGUGCUAAAUUUCUGUAUAACUUUUUUUUUUUAAAUGUAUUGAUUCUUUUCCAGCAUAUUUCAUAAGAUGCUUUUGAAUUAAUAAAAAGACAGUCAUUCAUUAUUUGCAGAGAGAGAGAGUUUUAUUACUUAUUACUCUUUAUUUCAGGGGCAGAUCUUGAUUAAAUUUUAUUUUUCUCUUUUACAUGCUAAAAUUCUCAAUCUUGGGUGCUUGCUUUUACUUUUAUACUUUUUCGGGAGAAAACUGUACGGACACGCGAUCUCGGAGGCUGUAAAGAACAAAUUGAAAGGCUUAGAGAAGUCGUCGAAAUGCCUUUGCUUCACCCUGAAAAAUUCAUCAACCUUGGCAUUGACCCGCCAAAAGGAGUGCUCCUUUACGGUCCUCCAGGAACUGGUAAAACGCUUGCUGCAAGAGCAGUUGCCAAUAGGACUGAUGCAUGCUUUAUAAGAGUUAUUGGAAGUGAGCUUGUCCAAAGAUAUGUAGGAGAAGGGGCAAGAAUGGUCAGAGAAAUUUUCCAAAUGGCCAAAAGCAAGAAAGCCUGCAUUGUGUUUAUUGAUGAAGUUGACGCUGUAGGUGGGGCGAGGUUUGAUGAUGGGCAUGGAGGGGAUAGUGAAGUCCAAAGAACUAUGCUUGAAAUUGUCAACCAGUUAGACGGGUUUGAUAACAGAGGAAAUGUCAAAGUCCUUAUGGCUACUAAUAGACCUGACACACUUGACCCUGCACUUCUAAGACCUGGAAGGUUGGAUAGAAAAAUUGAGUUUGGGCUGCCUGAUUUAGAAGGAAGAACCCAGAUAUUCAAAAUUAACGCGAAGAUUAUGAACAUGGACAAAGGCAUCAGAUUUGAACUGCUGUCAAGACUCUGUCCUAAUACAACUGGAGCUGAUAUUAGAUCUGUGUGCACUGAAGCAGGCAUGUUUGCAAUCAGACAGAGAAGAAAGAGUAUUUCAGAAAAAGAUUUGCUUGAUGCCAUCGAAAAAGUGAUCAAGGGAUAUGCGAAGUUCUCAGCAACAAAUAAGUAUAUGGUUUAUAACUAA